UUCACCUCCGCCUUUCUAAAAGAAAGAUUGCCAAAGGGCGAAAAAAAUGGCCAGAAUUUUCUGUCUCCUAUGGUUCCUUGCUCUGAUUUUAUGCUGCUGUGGGUCCCAAACAGACCAAAUAGAAAUCAGUAUGAUCAGCAAUCCUCCCCAAGCCUUUGGAACCAAAGUGGAAUUCAAAUGUGAGACUGACUACAUGGAUGCUGGCGUGUUCUGGGUUCUUCAGAAAUCAAAUGGCAAACUCCACUUCAUUACACAUGUUACAUCAAGAUCUAAAGAAGUAACAGGUACUCUUGAAGGCUACAAGUCUACAAAAACUGGCAGCUACUACCAGCUAACUAUUGCCAGCUUUCAGGAGAACCACGAGGGUACCUAUUUUUGUGUGCGCCAUCGCAAUCAGAAGCUGCUUUUUAGUUCAGGCAUCCCAGUAUUCCUGCCAGUGAAAACUACUACUGUGCUUCCUACCAUCCCACAGCAAAUUUCAACCACCAUCAAAGGACUGAUAAAAAAACCAGCUAUGGAAUGUCCCAAUUCUACAGUCAUAGUAACGACAAAUACAAAAGGUACGAUGUUCUCCUGUGAACUUUAUAUAUGGGUUCCCUUAGCUGGUGUUUCUCUCCUUCUGCUGAUAACCCUGAUAAUCGUCAUAUCACUGUGCUGUGGUCCAAGGAGAAGCAGAAGAAAAUGCAAAUGUGUACGGCCAACAAAUAGAACUAAUGGGACUCACAUGAAACCAUUCCAGGACAAUUAGUAGGUCUUGCAACUGGAUUUCUCCAUGCACUCCAUGCACAUCCAGCAUGAUCAACAAAGAGACUCUGAUGUACCUGUAAUAGUUAUCUGUUCAUAUAUUAAGAAUGAAUGUCUUAGAUCAGAUCUUUGAAAUCAUAUGCUGCGUUGUUAUAUUUUAUCAUUUACUCACAUCUUUUACUCAAAAAGCGGUUUCUCUGUAAAUUAGCAGGUUAUGAAUUUACUCCUGCAGUUGAACAAAUGGCGGUGUUAUGAAAAUAGAGUCAAUGCUGUAGUUUAGCCAUAAAACAAUAGCUUAUAAAUAUAUAAUAAUCUUGUGAUACUUAUGGAUAUAAUUAUGAUGGAAAAACUACAAAUUCAAGGGAUGUUCAAUAAUGUUUGUUCUCUGGGUAGCCAGAUGGAAGGAAAGGGAAGCAUUAUCUUGUCUUUCUCAUACAUAUAGGUACAUAUGUAUAUUGUUCUUGUUGCAAUUGUGUUCUCUUUUUCAACCCUGGGAGUUUUAAUGUUCAUUAACCUGGGAGGAUGGAUGAAGGGAUGCAAACAUGUAUACAGCAAGAAAAAAUUACAUCCCCAAAUCUCUGAAUUAGCCUAUAGAAGUGAAGGGGGUGGUGUUUUAUCACUAAUCAAUGUGAGAAUAUAAUUUAUCCUAUUUUAAGAAGGAUUAGAGUAUACAGAAGAUCUUCUCUAAAUGCAGUUUCAUAGCACUUCAAGGUAGAACUGGGGAAUACCUUAUCUGAAACUUCAAAGCCAGCUAGAAUAGUGAUUUGACUCAGUAUAGAGCAGCUUUUAAAAAUCUGAUGUAAUCGCAAUCAUUCUAUCUAUAGUGGCAGGAAAGAGAAACAGUUUUGGCUACAUUUGAAAAGCAAUCCACCAUUUUGUCACAAUGCCACAGAUCUGUAAUACUUUCAAAAUGAUAUUGUCUGUAUGCUGCAGAGAACAGCGUGCGUUAACUAUUGUUUUUCUUUGUUCAACUCAAUAAGCUAAAUCAAGAUAAUAUUAAGCACUCAGUACUUCCCAUUUCAUCUUCCAAGUCCAAUAGCAAAAACUGAAGCAGACCUUAUUAAAUAAGUCAAAUGAAAUCUAGGUUCUAGGACACAGCAAACAGUACCUUCUGUGGAUAGAGCUCAUAGAAAGAAAGAGAAAGAAGAAAAAAUAUAUCUCAGUUGCCCACUUUACAAAGUGACUUACCACAAUGCUAGGAAAGCAUUUCAUCAGGCUACCAAUAUGAUGUUUGCUUAUUAAAAAUGAAAGCUUACUUACAUUUCAUUCUACAUAUAUAUCACAGUUGAAAAUGAAAAAGAUCUAUUAGUAACUUCUCAUAUGUAACAGAUUAAAAGCACAUGCAUUACAUUUAAAUUUAGGCUGGGCAUGUUUCUUCUUUGGCUCAUGCAUGUUUUUAAA